AUGAUCCAGGAUGCAUUUGCUAUCUUAUUAGCCGCCCAUCAUCCAUCUCUUCAUCUGCUUGGAAUCAGCACAACUCAUGGAAAUGCAUCUCUAGAGAAGACAACCGCCAACGCAGGAAGCAUUCUGGAAGCCAUCGGAAAACCCGAGAUUCCCGUUUAUCCCGGUAGCAAGAAGCCUUUCUCGCGGCCUGCUCUGCAUGCACCUGAUAUCCAUGGCGAAUCGGGUCUUGACGGAACCGACCUUCUCCCUAAGGCGUCUAGAGCGCCCAUCACUGAUAAAAACACUAUUGUGGCCAUGAGAGAUGCGCUUCUCGCGCAGCCCAAGGGUACUCCGUGGGUCGUUGCAACCGGAACCUUGACAACGGUUGCUCUGUUAUUUGCAACAUUCCCUGAGGUGGUCGAUCACAUUCAGGGACUAAGUCUCAUGGGCGGUGCCAUCGGUGAGGGAUUCACUGAUGCCCCCAUGAGCAGACUUCCAGGCGAGAAGUCUAGAAUCGGCAAUGUAACGACAUGGGCCGAGUUCAACAUCUAUUGUGACCCUGAGUCCUCGGAGUCAAUUUUCAGCAACCCUGUUCUUGCCUCAAAAACUACCAUUGUUGCCUUGGAUCUUACACACCAGGUCCUAGCAUCACAAGCUGUUCAAACUCGCAUCUUGCAUGGCUCGACUCGUUCGAGCCAAGAGCCUACAGUUCUUCGCCGGAUCUUGCACGCACUACUUACAUUCUUCGCUGCGACUUAUGAGAAAGCUUUCGGGCUGACAACGGGACCUCCACUGCAUGACCCUCUUGCCGUGGCUGUGAUCUUGUCGACUUUGAACCCAACCUUUGCUAACAAGCAUCCUAACCAAGCUCUUGCCUUUGAUGAUAAGGGGGGCGAACGAUUUCAUCUCUGUAUCGUCACAGACGGCAAGCAUGGUAAAGAUAGUUCGGUGACUGGUCAGCUGGGUCGUUCAAUCGCCACUCCUGUUCAGGGUCCAGGUGUUGCUAUCCCUAGAGGCGUUGACCUGGAUGCCUUUUGGAAUAUGAUUUUGCAAUGCAUCCAACUGGCCGAUGAUUGUAAUUCGACACGGAAUUUGUUGAAGGUCUAG